CGCGACGUUCGUGGAUUGGAGCAUUGAAUUCACCUUUGCAAUCCGCAUUCCGUUUUUCUGCCAUCACUUCCACCACAACCACCACCAACUUCAGUCACCCUUGUUUUUCGCCCGAUUUUGAUACCCAAAGAACGACAAGAACAAAAAGAAAAUGGCCGCCGUUUACAAGUCGCUCUCGAAGAGCGCCAAGAAGGUCGAGGACACGGAGAACGACAACAACACCACCACCACCAAUGGCGGCUUUCGGAAGAACAAGCAGAGAGUUCUGAUUCUCUCGUCCAGAGGCGUUACCUACAGACACAGACAUCUCCUCAACGAUCUCGCAGCGAUGCUCCCCCACGGCCGCAAAGACGUCAAGUUCGAUUCCAAGUCCAAGCUGUACCAACUGAACGAGCUUGCCGAGCUCUACAACUGCAACAACGUCAUGUUCUUCGAGGCGCGCAAGGGCAAGGAUCUGUACAUGUGGUUUAGCAAGGUUCCUAACGGCCCUACGGUCAAGUUCCACGCCCAAAACUUGCACACCAUGGAAGAGCUUCACUUCACGGGUAACUGCCUCAAGGGCUCGAGGCCACUCCUCUCCUUCGACCUCGCCUUCGAGCAAGAGCCGCACUACCGCGUCAUCAAGGAGGUGUUUCUGCAAAUGUUUGGCGUCCCCCAGGGCGCGCGCAAGUCAAAACCGUUUAUCGACCACGUCAUGAGCUUCAGCAUUGCCGACGGCAAGAUCUGGGUACGCAACUACGAGAUCCGAGAAGUGGAGAAGGCCAAGGGCGAGAAGGACAGCGAAGGAAACGACAUUGUCCCCGAGAGCGACAAGUCAUCAUCGAAAAAGAGAAAGGGCGCGCCCAACGCGGAGCUCAAGGACACAGACGUCAGUCUGGUUGAGAUCGGACCUCGGUUCGUCCUAACGCCCAUCAUCAUACAGGAGGGCGCGUUCGGCGGCCCCAUUAUUUACGAGAACAAGCGCUUUAUCUCCCCCAACCAGGUGCGCUCGGAGCUGCGCAAGGCCAAGGCGACCAGGCACAACACCAGGGUGGAGCAGGUCAAGGAGAGGCUCGGCAAGCUCGAGACCCUCACGGCCCAGGCGAAGAAGGAGAAGGAUGUCUUGGAUACCCGGGAGCUCUUUGCUUAGAGAAAGGAGGAGGAGGGGAAAGAGAGAGAGAGAGCUUUUCACAACACGAUUUCAUCACGUCUGUUCGCUUGCGACACAUCAAAGCAACGCACGCCUUAGGUUUAGGGGUAAUCAAGGAGUUUUUUGUACUUUUGCUGGCUGGCUGGUUUGGUCUGGUUCGGGAAAAAGAAAGGAAAUCGAUUUGCAUUGUACAACAUUACAGUAUUCGUGGGGAUGUGUGAGACGGACGAGCUGUCCUCUUUUGACAGUUGGGAAAGAGGAUCAUGAUCGAGUGGUAGAUGAGCACUCAGCGUAUAAGGUGCUGGCUCGAAAACGGACACAUCAGAUCAAGAUUGAGUGAUGAACGCCGUCCUGGCUCCGGUCUUGGUCGUGUUGAAAGGAGAUGGUCAAAGAAGGGUAGGAGAGCAAGUACUUUGCUCGGCACCUCACUAGCGGUUGACUGUCUAUAACCACACUCCUGAGGGAGAUGUUGUUCGCAUAGGACCUAGACUCUACCUUAAAUGCAGUUGCGCUGUGAGAUAUUGUCUCACAUUUUUGCUCCAUG